AUGUGCGGCAUUCUAGCCCUUAUCCUCGCUAAUCCCACCGAGGCAGCGAGCGUUGACCUCCAUGAAGCCCUCUACCUCCUUCAACACCGCGGUCAGGAUGCCUGUGGUAUAGCUACUUGCGCCUCUGCCGGCCGUAUAUUCCAGUGCAAAGGUGAAUACCUAGGUCUACUUGUGCCUGUCGAGUACCGUACUAAGAUAAAAACCGUUAGGCAAUGGAAUUUUUCUCAAUAUAGACUCGGCCAUUUGAGAUAUCCCACUGCUGGAAGCUCAGCCAACGCCGAAGCUCAGCCCUUCUACGUAAACAGUCCUUACGGCAUAACCCUCGCGCAUAAUGGCAACCUGAUCAAUGCUCCAGAGCUGAAGCGAUACCUGGACUAUGAAGCACACCGUCACAUCAAUACCGACAGUGACAGCGAGCUGAUGCUGAAUAUCUUUGCCAAUGAGCUCAAUGAGACCAAAAAGGCUCGUGUAAACGUGGAAGAUAUCUUCGCAGCUCUUAGCCGGAUGUACGAGCGCUGCGAAGGUGGAUGGGCAUGCACGGCUAUGCUCGCCGGUUUCGGCGUGCUCGGCUUCCGUGACGCAUACGGAAUCCGCCCCCUAAUCAUCGGCUCUCGGCCUUCGCGCAGCGGGCCGGGAAUGGACUACAUGAUGGCCUCCGAGUCCGUUGCUCUGGACCAGCUUGGUUUCACCAACCACCGUAACAUCGUGCCCGGUGAAGCUGUCAUCAUCCAAAAGGGCCAUGAACCUGUCUUCCGCCAGGUACACCCCAAACUCAACUAUACCCCCGACAUCUUCGAGUAUGUGUACUUCGCCCGUCCGGACUCAGUCAUUGAUGGAAUCAGUGUAUACCGUGCUCGGCAACGCAUGGGUGAAAAGCUAGCAAAGCGAAUCAUUACCGCCCUUGGUCCUGAUUCUAUCAAAGAUAUAGAUGUCGUUAUUCCUGUGCCCGAAACGUCCAACACCUCCGCUGCUGCACUUGCUCGGUAUUUGGACAAACCAUACUCCCAGGGUUUCGUAAAAAACCGUUAUGUUUUUCGGACAUUCAUCAUGCCGGAGCAGAAGGCUCGACAAAAGGGAGUUCGGCGAAAAUUGAACGCCAUGGCAUCGGAGUUCAAGGACCGAAACGUCCUAUUGGUCGACGACAGUAUCGUUCGUGGUACUACAAGCAGAGAGAUCGUCAUGAUGGCUAGAGAUGCUGGGGCAAAGACUGUCUUGCUUGCCAGUUGUGCUCCUGAGAUAGCCCAUCCCCACAUCUACGGCAUCGAUCUAGCCUCUCCCCAUGAACUGGUGGCUCAUGAUCGUGAUAUCAACGCCAUCACAGCUUACAUUGGAGCUGAUGCCGUCAUUUAUCAGACUUUAGACGACCUUACUGCUUCCUGUGCCGAAAUAUGCAUUGAAAGCGGCAAUGCAGAGCCCGUUAAGUUCGAAGUCGGUGUUUUCAACGGGGUAUAUACAACGCCCGUCUCAGCAAACUACUUCGAACACCUAGAGAAACUUCGCGGUGAAGGUAGAAAAAUUAAGAGAGUCGAAAGCGCCAGAGCUGCUGUCCUCAACGGCGUUGCAAGCCACGAGAAUCUCCUCAUCGCCUCCAGCAAAGUCGACCUAGAUGCGAACGGGAAACCACUUGUUGUUGACACCGUCAGACCAGUAGCAGAUGCUCCUGCUGCUAAUUCGACCGACUCAUCCCUCCAAGCGCAAGCUCAGGCGAAUAGUCAAUCUCAACACCAAAAGCCGACCGAAGUCCCACCUCAUGUCAAGGACAGAAUGGACAUCAGCAUUCAUAACCUCGGCGAUUACUAA